ACCGUAAGCAAAUUAUCACGAGUGACGAACCAAGAUGCCAACGUACUGUGAAAUGUAAAUGUUUACGUUUUGGUUUUAUCGGAUUACUCGUAAUUUUUUAAAUUGAAUUAUGUUUAAUCGGGUGAGAAAUGCUUUAUAUAAUGUCGUUGGUGGAUUGGAAGCAUAUCCUGCACUCAAAGAUGGAGAAACACUCGACAGACCUCCUCUAAAAUUUCGUUACACAAGACCAAAAUUUUUACAAUUGACAUCUGAUGAUGAAGUUCAGGUGUCAGCAGACCAUGUAAUUCGUCCUAUAAUUGUUCCAAGAGACAUUACGCAGUUGCCGUGGAAUUCUGGAUAUGCAGAGGCCAUAAAUGCUGGUAAAAGUGUGCGGAAUGAAGACCAAGCAGCUUCUUCUAGACAUUUUUUAAACACUUUAGUAGCUAUUUCUAAAAAAAAUGUUCCAAGCUUACCUUCAGAUGCAACUAGUGAGUCCCAGCCUGCAGAGUCCCAAGUGGCCACUACAGAAAGUUCCAUGGAAAAUAAAGAGAUGGAUGUAAGUUCCGUCCCACCGAUUAUAGAUUCCUCUCCUAAACCAAAUAUUGAUGAAGACGCAGCACUACUGAAUGAGUUAAAUCCUGAUGAUCCUAAAUCAACACAAACUUCUCCCGAAGCUUUUCAGAAACUACUGCUGGAACACACUAUUCCAUGGGUCUACUUUGGACUAUUUGAUGGACAUGCUGGAUCUGGAGUAGCUGUUGCAGCUGCAAACUCUUUGCAAAAAAUAAUACAGACAAAACUACAGGAAGUAGCAGACCUAUUAGUAUUACCUCAAACAGGAUUAAACCUCUUUGCUAAAGGAAGCCAUGAGCGCAGCUCUCAACCUCCAGGUUUUCUUGGCUUUACCACUGACAGGGAUGUAACUGCUGACAGUCUCAUCAUUGGAGCAUUAGAAUCUGCUUUUUGGGAAAUGGACCGGCAAAUAUCAGUUGAUAAGAAACACUAUACGAUGACUGGUGGAUGUACUGCUUUAGCUGCCGUUUUUGUAUUUGGCAAACUUUACGUUGCUAAUGCUGGAGACAGCAGAGCUGUUCUUUGUCGAGGUUUGAAAACUAGUCCCAUGUCUAAUGACUUCACUCCUGAAACAGAAAGGGACAGAAUAAGGAAAUUGGGUCAUUUGCGGCCUGAACUACUAGGUGGAGAAUUCACACAUUUAGAAUUCGCAAGACGGCCUGCUAGGAAAGACAUUGGGGAAAAAAUUUUAUAUCGAGAUGCUUACAUGUCUGGCUGGGCUUAUAAAAGCAUUGGCAUCCCAGAUCUCAAAUUUCCAUUAAUCUAUGGAGAAGGGAAAAGAAGUCGGGUCUUGGCAACUAUUGGUGUCACUCGAGGUUUUGGAGACCACGAUUUGAAAGCUUUGAAUACAGAUAUUGACAUCAAACCAUUUCUGUCACCUGAACCAGAGGUCCUUGUGUUUGAUCUAAUGAAAGAAGAUUUGACAGAUUCUGAUGUUCUGGUAAUGGGUACUGAUGGAUUAUGGGAUGUGACCACAAAUGAAAAAGCUGCAGAAGUUGUACAAAAAUCCCUGGAUCAUUUUCCUGCCAACGAUGCUCAACGAUAUAAGUAUAGAUACACAUCAGCUGCUCAAGACUUGGUGAUGCACUCCCGGGGUAAACUGCGUGAGAAGAAUUGGCGAACUGCUGACAGCAAAAUGGCAACAAUCGAUGAUAUCAGUGUAUUUGUCAUACCUCUGCGUCAUUACAAAGAUGAAUAUAUUCAGUGGCUUGAUAGUCUAAAUUAAAUUAGUCUUCUUAUUGGACCUGUCAUGUGAUGUCAGAAAAACUUUUCUUUAAUGUUAAUGGGAUCAUUCAAUUGAAGAAUGAAAACAUUUUAAAAUAUUGAUUUCUAGUAAAAAUUAUAUAACUUGUAUAUAAACUUAUUUAUUAUAAAUUUGGAUGAUUUUUCUUUGGUGAAAACUUUUUAAUGAACAAAAAUAUCUGUUUCUCUCUUUUUAAGUCUAUUGUUUUUGUAUAUGUAUAAAAGUUUGCUGCAUCAGCAUUUAAAAAAAAGUUAAUAAUAAUAUGAAGAUAUAUUUUGUACAUGAUUUUUAUCUUUUUUUUUUUUUUNUUUUUUUUUUUUUUUUUUUUUUUUUUUUUUGUACAGCUUUGGUUUUUGUUUGUCUUUCCACGAAUGAAUGUUGUUGAUUGUUUUUGCAUUACUAUUGUGUGCCUUUUAUUUUUAAGUUUAAUUCUUGUAUCUCGAAGUUAAUAGAAGGUGAUAGUUAAAUUCAUAGUCAAAUAUUUUUUUUAUUUUUUUAUUUCAUCUUCGAAUGAUUGGGAAACAUGUGUACUUGUUGAUUAACAAAAACUAGUCAAAUUUCUGUCGAUACUGGAUAUUUACAAACACUUUGUUAGCUUUGGAUUUUCAAUAAUAAUCUAAAUUUUUACUUUAAGAAAAUUUAGAAAAAAUAAAUAUGCUAUUGUCUUUGAUAAUUGUUUUGCCCUCUUAAUUUAAAUUUUAGCUUUUCCUAGAUUCCUUAAUGGUUUCCUGAUUUUCAAAUUGUGCUCUGUAAUUCAAAUAUACUCAAUCUUUUAAAUGUUAUUUGUAACAUGUAUUUACAAAUAACAAUUUGUAUUGCUUGAGAAUUAAACAUCACUGUUCAUAUUCACAAUUCAGGAUUAAGUAAAUCUGAAAUCACAAUAGUAAUUAAAUAACAAUAAGUUAUUAAAAAAAAGUUAACAAAAUUAAUUUAUAUUGUUCGACAGUAGAAAAUAAUACUUAAAAAAUUGUUUAUUUUCUAAUAUGCUAAUGUAAGAUGAUUUUAUGUUUAUAGAAAUACAUUUAUUUAUUGACUGUUAAUAGUAAAUUUUCGAAUAUAGAAGAAUAAAAUGUCAUGACUUAACUAAGGAAAAGCAUAUAUAUGAGUUUUUGUUUUUUAAAAAAAGUUUUUUUCUAAGUGGGUUAAAAUGAUUUUCAGACCUGAACUGAUUAGCUUUGCAUGGACAAUUAAAUCAAAAUUUAUUUACAUAGUUAACUUGUGUUAAUGGUUAGCAUUGCUUGCAUGUUAGGAUUUUGUUUAUAGCUUUGCUCAUAUAUAAUUAUUUUAUGGAAAUGUUUUUUUAGAAGGUUGAAUUUUGUUGCAUAAUUUAAAAACCUUGAUUUAUUAUUAUGAUCUGUGAUUAUUUUAAAUAAUAGAGCUGUGUUCAUAUUAGAGCUUUAUUCUAUUUUUCAAUAAUACCUCCACUGUAAAUAUCUCCUAAGUGAAACAAACUUAUGUUUUGAGCAUGUAAAGUGAUAAUAUGACUAAAAGUAUUAUUGUAAAUAAAUUUAUUUAAUUUUUU